AUGUCCAUUUUCUAUUCGUAUGGCGUAAAAGGGUAUUUCGAAGGGGCAAAAGAUAACACUCCCAAUGUUCCUAUAACUAUGAUCCGAAUCCGCCGUAUCUCGCUGCAGUCAAAUGUAGAGCGGUAUGGAGACUUGCUGAUCCAUCAUUUGUUGAUUGUAAAGCUUUGGCCCCUAUCCCAAACCAGAUCAUCCCACUUACCGCCGCCAGCUAUCUCUAAACUCUCCACGGUCCCUGAACCGAGCACCCCUACCACCUCUUCGGCGACCACGGCUUCCAUAUUCCGGACCCCUGUCCACGAAAUAAUCUGUGUCUUCGAAAGUGUAUUUGCGCAUCUCAUCACCUCCUCGUCGAGACGGAGGCUUGGCGCGGUCGAGGCCGGCAAAUCGAUCAAGGCGCUUCUCCACGACUUCUUGUGGAACGGGGAGAUAGUAAAGUUUCGGCUUUGCAGCGGUGGAAAGAAAUCUGUCAUCAAGGGCUUUAAAACCUUCACCCCCGUACCGUACUGGUGGGGCGGGUGGUGCAACAGGACGACUAUCUCGAUGUACAGGACCGUGUGUCGCGCGUGGGCCCAACGGCGAGCUGCUCGACCUACGUUUUGA